UUGAUCAUCACGCCACAGGGGUUUAUUUAAUCUUUCUUCCGUUCUUCCCUGAAAAGUGAUUCGUGUAUUGACUUACUUUUGUAAAAACCGGUAACUAUAUGACCGCUCUAAUCGCCCCUGUACGAGCAACAAGUUUUGAGGGCCUCGUAUUCUUUGUUUACGAUCGAGAUGCCGUGAAAAAGGAAGCAGAUCCACCUGAAAAUGCAAUCGUCUACUUCUAUCCUCCAUCGGCAUCCAUUGAAGAUCGAGUCUCAGUAUGUGGACAACUUGUUGGAAUGUCACAAUUUAUGCAUGGCUUUCUUCAAGCCAGACCAGCCCUUUGUAAACUGCAGUCAGAGAAAGUGGCAACUGUUCAUUCUGGCAAAUACACCCUGGCACUUGGAGGGAGCCUUAAUGAGCCUGACUCACUAUUGAUAACACAACUACAGACACUUCACAGUACCUUCACCUUCUACCAUGGUUCAUUGGAGCGAAUCAGAAUGAUGUGUGAGAGUCAAAAGAUGUUCCUGACUUGGAUGAGUAUGAUCUGGGACUGUUAUUUACAUUUUGUCCGUCAUUAUGGUGAUUUCCUACCAGGAGUGUUUGAUCCUUUGCCAUUUCUUGAUCUGCCCAAAAGAGUUGCAGCCACUUGUUUUACAAAGGCAUCAUACUUUCUCCAAGCAUGCCAACUUAGAAAACAUGUUCUUGGAGGGUGCAUUCUCUACCGAAACAAGAUCUUGUGCAGUCAGUUGGAGCCAUCCAUAACAGAGAGGCUUCUUCUUCUUAAGCCUUAUCAAAGUCAUCAUCCUUCAAGGCCCGUUAAAACUGAAUGUUCUCUCCCGUUUGGUGUUCGUAUCCUGAAUGCGUUCCUCACUUUGUCUGAAUACCUAAACCUUUACGAUGCUUUGGCCCAAUCUGCGUAUAGACAGCCGCCUUCGAGACAAUCGUCUAAGACAUUUCCAGAUGUAUACACGACAGUCUCCUCGGCUACUGUAAGGGAUUCGUCCUACCGGCGGAAAAGUAAUGCAAAUGAUAGUAAGCACUUUAACGACAGCUUGACUCCACUCUCUAGUGAUCUUCGUGCAAAGUCAAAUGGGGGAUUAGAUUUUGGAUCUCCAGGAAGAGAAAGAAAUUCUACAACAAAAGAUCUCGCUUCUGGUACACCUCUCAAGACAACUAAGAGCCCUAAUGGCGAUUCUCGAGUUGCAGAUCAUGAAGACUCUACUCACCAACUGCUUAAAAACGAGUCAAGUGAAACGCUUGUGGUGCAGACGAACCUUGUGGUGGAGUCUGAUGAAACUGCACCAGCGAACGAACAAGGUCGCGGUACCAUUGUGGCAACUGUGGAAGAAAGAUGUAAAACUGCAAAUGAAAAUGAGAGAAACAAUGAAAAUGUGACCUCUACCUCAGCUGAGAAAAGGGCCGAGAAAGACGGCGCAGACUCGGAAGGUGGGAGAGCUGGGAUUGAAUUUGGAGCGACAAGUUCUGUCUCGGUUUUUGACAGCAGUUCUUUUGAAAGUUCGUUAUCUACCGAUACUAGCGUAGUUAUGGAAACCGUUGAUGUGGUUGGGUUAAAUGUCAUUGAAAAUCUCAAUUUACAAUGCGAGACGCAACAGUAUGGGGAAGAAAAGCGCACAGAGAUGCCCUGUAAUGCCUCAUCCGGAAGUGGAAAAGUAGUUGACUGUUCCAGUUUGCCGUGUGAAAGGCAGCAACAUGAAGAGGAAACAGACCAAAGAGUGCUCUGUAGUUCAUCGUCUUCGUGUGAACGAUCGAGUUACUGUUCAAUUAAGUCUUUUUCCAGUCACGAGGUAGAAAUGUGUAAGUUAAUUUUGGACGAUCUCAUAACUCAGGCUGUAGACAUAGCUCAUCAGAAGAAUUCCCAGAUGAAAAAUAAGGGUGAUAAAAACGUUACGAAUCGCGUUGCGUGUUGCCAGGCGUGCUUUGCGUUACAAAAAUCAAGUGAUAUGUCGUGUGGUAACUCUUUUUGUCAAUCUGGACGUAAAUGCGGUGCGGAUAAAUCCAGCAAAACUCUCACAAAUGAGAAUUCUUGUUCUGGGGAACAAACGUUGGGGAAGCUCUCAGUCGCUAAUCCUCCAGUUAUUUUAGAAACAAAUCUUCCCUUAUCUGAUCAUAGUGUCUGCAACGAAGGAAAGGACAGUAGGCUAUCAUAUGCUGCAGAUGUCGCUGAAAAGUCGGAUCCGUCUGAUUUAAGCCUCAACAAAGGAAACAGCUUGAGAAGCGAUUUAAUCAAGACCCCGAUAGUAUGCGAUUCGUUUCCAAUUCGUAAUCUCAACAUGGGACCUGAGAAAUUUUUGGAUAAGUCGCUUGCGUGCUUGAAUACCAGUAUUGCAAAAGAUACGCGAGAUUCGUUGGCCAGUGUGGAGAACAACGCGUCUCAACAUGCUAAUUCAGUUGAUAAAGGUGUUGCGUCUGACGGACUCGCUCUGGUGUCCGAGGGAAUUCAUUCUGUACCACCCAUUGACAUAGUUGAACAUGAUUCUGGGAUUUUUGUCACAAAUGGCCUAGAAGGGACAUACGUGACUGAUGACACCGACUUACCACCGAUUGACCUUGCUCUUGAAGAAAUGGAGGAUGAGGAAUCGCCUGAAUGGUUUGAACCGCCUUUGGGUGACGCGCCCUCCUCCACAAGUAGGGAAAGGGAAGAGUUACUGCUGUACGAAGAAGGAGGAGAUGACAUGAAUCAAGUUGAAGGCUUAACUCAUGUGAAUCUGUAUGUACAAGCCCACUCUAAAGUUGUCCUCAUUCUCCUGGUCGAGGAGGGUUUGAACAAUGACUGUAACAGCAUCAAGGCUUUGUGGGAAACGUCACUGAAUCAACUUGGUGAACUGGAGUUUCUGGUCAAACAAUCUUUGGGUGAUGAAUCAGUUCCCGUACAGUCUGACGAAUAUAGUUUCCUUUUGUAUGACAGCUUUGAGAGAAACAUGAAAGGCAACCUUGAUGAGCUUGUAUAUCAAGUGGACCAUUCGUUCUGCGAGACGACCAAACUAUUACACGAGCAAUUUGAAAAUUGUCCAACCUUGAAGGAUGUUACUCUUAGGAACCGGUUGUCAACGAUAUAUGGUAAACGUAACCUGGGACGAGGCGCGUACUUCCAUUUGAAGGGCUCAAACAGAACUGGACAUACAAUCCCGUUCCCUCGUGACCCGAUUUGCCAAGUUGAAAGAAGGGCCUCGAAAAUCCUUCACAAAGAGCACGGAGUGAACGUUUUCUAAAGACGAGGAUCUUUACUGUGAUUGGCAGUGAAUUGAUCAAUCGGUCAUCUAUCGAUUAAAUCUUAAGUGUGUCAGCUUUUUGGUCACUUACCUGUAAUAGGACGACACCUGCCUGAAAAGCCAGGCUUUUGUUUGCCUCCCUUCCUUCUUUCAUUUCUUAAGAACGAGGCUGACUCAUUUCUGGGAUUCGAAGAUAAGCGAAACCUGUCGUUGUUCCUGCUACUUGCAACAACGCUCGUUUCAGUUAAAACUUACGAUUAAUCAUUGAUACGUUUUUGAGGAAACUUGUAGUCAAACAAUUUUUUAGCUUUGAAUGCGAUUGAAAAUUUCCACUCCGUAACUCUCAGAAAGGGAUUAAUGGACUGUGGAAAUUUGUCUGCAAUUACACUGGUUCUUAGGCUCUGAAUGAGCUCUUCCAUUUUAAAUCUUUUUUUUUUUUUUUCUGUAGAACUCUGAACUCUGGGUGAGAGUGAGCCAAAUGAAACUAAGCUUCAACUUCAAAGCUAAGGAUAACUCUGCGGAACGCUUUGACUACGACAGAUGAAAUCAAAAUGAAGGGAGUAGGAAUAAUUCUCAAUUGAGCGAGUAAAUAAGCACGCAGCAAAAUCUUUGGAAACUGAGCUUUUUGCUCUCGGGUGAUUUUUACUUUAGUUAGGAAAACAGUAAACAGCCAGAGCAAGUGAAACUUAAUUAACAAAUGAGAAAUCAAAGCAAAUUUAGAGUGAAAAAAAGGUUAUACCUUAACUGGGUCACUUAGUGAAAUUGUACGAUUCGGUUUUCAGAAGAGUUUACACAAUUUAUCUACAGACACUGUUCUUUCGGAUCAGUAAAAACGGCAGCGGCUCAUGUAAUUGAAAUUUUGUUUGAAAAAGGUCAUUAGUUGGUGCUUUUCGUUUACCGCGAGCGCUGAAUAGGUUUUAGCGCAGACCAGUUGAUAUGCUAACACCCAUUCCUUGUUUAAAAUUUUUGUGAAGGAACUAAUAUGAGAAAGAAAAGCGGACAUAACAUUGUAAGUGUAUUCGCAAUUAUAUGAAAGGAAUACGCUGUUUUCUUAACUUUGCCCAUCCGUCUGGAAGAAUACUUAGUUACGACACAACAUUUUCUAUUGUUAUUAUAACAGGGUGAAAACAUAUGUACCAAAACUCAACAAAGAGUCGGUGAAAAAAAAGUGUGCUCACUUUUUUAAUGAUCACAUGAUGCCAUAGCUGGCCGUUUUCUCUGAGGUAUUCUUGAUAUACUGAUAUAUACUGAUUGAAGCAAAUAAUUUAUCAGGAAAUUAAUAAAAAAGGCAAAAAAGAGUC